UAUAAAAAUAAGGUAUGUUCAUUGUAACAAGAAAAACAAUGUUGCGUGUGUAAGACAAACUUAAUAAUCCCUCCACCUACCAUCCUCCAUUUCUACCUCCUACAGGAACCAAUUUUAAUGCCCAAUAUAUCUCCUGCCAUAUCUUCCUCCAAGCUUAUUUGGCUUACAUUAUUUAAUUUUUAAAAAUUCACUUUGUGGAUUGAGGUGCAAAAGCUAUAUUAAGUCAGCUGGAUUUGUUCAUAAAAUUAUCAUAUUUAGCAUUUUAAUUUGAGCACAGUUAAUUUUUAAAAUUCUUAUUGAUUAACUCUAAUUUAUUUUUAAAUCUUUCUUUUUUAUAUAUAGCAGUAUUCAUAAGCUAUGAUUUAUAAGCUAAGAUUCCACAAAUCUUUAAUCUGUGCCAGUUUCUGAAAACAAAAUACGAUCCUGAUGCCUACGAAACUGUCAUAUUUUUGUAAAGCAAAGAAAUGUAGCGGGCUUGUGGAUAUAGUGUGGCUACAGUAUCAAAAAGAUAUAAAGUGAUAUAUCCAGAAAAGGAGCUAAGAAAUAAAAUGUAAAGUCAUAGAAUGCAAUUUUUGUCACACAAAACUUUGUGUAAUCAGUCUCAUUUUCUGAGCUAUCAUUUCACAUCCACAUUUAUGCUGCUUCUGAUGUUUUAUAUUUUUAAAACUGUAUAUACAUCUGAAAUUUGAAUGUUUUCCUGAUUGAGAGAAGUUUUCUGCUCUUUCAUGGGUUGGAUGAUUUAUAAACACUGACCACUUCUUUUCACGAACUGGAGAAGAUAGAGCACUCUGAAGCAGACCAUGAGGAAGAGGAGAAGGGGCCUGGCUUUGCUGUCCCCCUCUGUGUGACAGUAGGGGGGGCUGCUCCCAGGGUGCUCCCCUGGACCAAAUGCCAAAAGAUGUCCUAGUCCUCAGUCAUUGAAGGCACCUUUGAAAACUAAGUAAUAAGUCCUGCUUGUUUAGUAUUCCAGGGAUGUGGAUGGAGCAGCCAUGUUCUUGUCACAUAUUUCUGCCUUUGAAACUUGUUUCAAAAGGAUCUGCAGUGGUAGGAAUUAGUUGACAGCAAUUUAUUCCAUAUCUUCAUACGGUUCCCUCUUUCCAUAUUUUUAUUCUAACCAUAGAAAUAGACUCAGAUUCUCUUUAUAUAUUAAAAAAUAAAAGACUUGAAUUUAUCUGGUUUGUUGGCUAAGCAAGAACUGACCUAACUUCUUAGUCUCACUCAGCCACAAUUUUUUUCUGAGGAAACUUGUUUAUAACCUUCGAGCUUCUGAAUCCGAAUCUAAAAUCUGUCCUCAUCAAACAGCAAAAGUAUACUUCUGGGUACUUGAGGAUCCUCAACCAUUUCUUGUUGGUGAAUAUCUUUGUUCUUAGUGAAAUUUCAAAAAAUUACUGAAGUGGCAAUCCAUAGGCAAUGUCUCCAUUUUAUUCUUUUCUUUCUGAUUCCCCUUGACGACAGAGGCUGAGUGUCUUUACCAUGUGUCAUAAUUGUUUUUGCUCUUUCUGGAUCUUCUGGAGAGAGGCCAGCUUCAUAUCGUCAUUAAGAUGCAUGCAAAGGCUAAGCAUGCAUACUGUAUUGCAGCCACAAGCCACUGUGUUACUUGUAGUGUGGGUCAUCAAAGCAAAUGCUUUGCCAUUCCUCCUCUUCUAGAAUGUUAUAUUGCAUAGCUGAUGUUAUCUGCAGUGCAUCUCUUUCUCAUGUUUUGCUGUCUUUCAAAAAAAUUCAUUGAGAUGUAUCUAAAGUGUUUAUUCUUCCCUCUCCAUGACUAUUUGUCUAGCUAUGAAUUUGGGAGGACACAGUGCUUAUAGUUUCGUCUUUGUACAGAUUCCAGAAUCUAUCCAUGUUCUGACUGAAAGAAGCUAUUUGAAAGAAUAUCUGCUGGGCAAAUGGUAUAAUAGCCUUCAUUGUUUAAAGAUUUUUUGCUGGCAUUUUCAGUUCUUGAUAACAGCGUUCCUGAAGACUCUCUAGCCCUGGACAGAAUCUGGUCUGCUUUGGUGUGUCAACACCUUCUCCACUUUAAGCCAUUGAAAGUUUGGGGGUGCACCUACAAUAUGAGUUAUUUCAGGAUAUAUAUUUUUUUGUGUGAGGAAGAUUGACCCUGAGCUAACAUCUGCCAAUCCUCCUCUUUUUUUUGCUGAGGAAGACUGGCCCUGGCUUAACAUCCAUGCUCAUCUUCCUCCACUUUAUAUGGGACACCACCACAGCAUGGCUUGCCAAGUGGUGUGUGGGUGCGUGCCCAGGAUCCGAACCGGCCAACCCCGGGCCGCCGCAGCAGAGCGCGCGCACUUAACCGCUUGCGCCACCGGGCCAGCCCCAGGAUAUAUUUUUUUUAAUUCUUUUUUUUUUCUUUUUAAAGAUUUACCCUGAGAGAACAUCUGUUGCCAAUCUUCCUCUUUUUUUUUUUCUUCCCAAAGCCCCAGUGCAUGGUUGUAUAUCCUAGUUGUAAGUCCUUCUGGUUCUUCUGUGUGAGCUGCCACCACAGCAUGGCUACUGACAGAUGGGUGGUGUGGUUCAAUGACUGGGAAACAAACCCAGGCUGCCCAAGUGGUGAGAGCACCAAACUUUAACAACUAGGCCCUCAGGGCUGGCUCAUCAGGAUAUUUUUUAAACAGCCAUUGGUGAUGGGGCCAUGCUUUUUAUUUCACGAUCUCCAUGUACUUCUUCUUUUUUUUGUGUGUGUGAGGAAAAUCAGCCCUGAGCUAACAUCCAUGCUAAUCCUCCUCUUUUUGCUGAGGAAGACCAGCUCUGAGCUAACAUACAUUGCCAAUCCUCCUCCUCUAUUUUUUUUCCCCAAAGCCCCCCAGUAGAUAGUUGUACGUCAUAGUUGCACAUCCUUCUAGUUGCUGUAUGUGGGACACGGCCUCAACAUGGCCGGAGAAGCUGUGCCUCUGUGCGCGCCCGGGAUCCGAACCCAGGCCGCCAGUAGAGGAGUGCGCACGCUUAACCGCUAAGCCACGGGGCUGGCCCCUCCCUGUACUUCUUUGAAGCAUUUAUUUAAUCUGUGAAUGAUUCUAGUAGCAUUUGGGACAGUAUUUGCAAAGAACCUCUGUUUCUUAGGAAUAAUUUGCCAUAUGGAAAUCUUUUUUUUUUCCCCUAGCUUUAUUGAGAUACAAUUAAUAUAUAACAUUGUGUAAAUUUAAGAUGUACAAUGUGAUGAUUUGGAAAUGCUCCUUACUUGCUUCCAUAUGCUAUACAUGGAACUCUGUUUCACAAAUAGGAUUCUAGAGGCACGAAGGGUAAAUUUCAGCUAGUUGGCAGAUACCCGCUACACAGCAGCCCAUACAGAUGUAGAAAUGGUGUCCUUCCAUGAUAACCACAGGGAAAUGACACUGAAGGCUUCAUCUUACAGUAUAGCCAGCAUUACCAGAAAAAAUUGUAUCAGUAGGAAUCAGAUUAUGAUUUUCAUAUUCAUCAAAGUUAAAUAUAGUUUAAUAGUUUGACUUCAGCGUCACUGUGAAAUGUGUAGUUUUGAAUAGCGCUGUGGAUCACACAGCCAUAAAUGUUCAGGAGGAACCAGGUUCCAACUUCCAAUAGCCCGUUUUUUUAAUUUAUUCUCAGUUUCGUGUCUUUUGAGAAACAUGCUUCUUGUUUUCUUCUCAACAGAAAUAAAUGGAGUCUACUGCUCUUUAUCCAUGCAACUCACAGAUUUUUGAGACUCAGUCACAGGAGAGAGAUAGGUUACCACUAAUUUCUAGACCAACAAGCAAAGAAAGAUCUGAGGCUGUUUGUCUUCCCUGUGACAGUGGAGGCAGCCAUGCCUCCAGGUCAUGUGUGUGUGAGUUGUAGUGUGUGCUUCUAAAGGCUCUGGGAACGUUUUAUAUAAGAGGGUAGCUUGCUACAUAGUCUGAGAAAUCAUUUGAAGGAAACAAGCUUGGCUGCAGACCCCAGUCUUGCAAGGCAGCAGCCCCGCCUGGGAGCAGGGUGGUGGCCAGGGCAAUGGUGAGAGCCCUGAAGAUGCCUCAUGGCUGCUGAGGGCGCUGCCCGGUCAGGGAGCAGAGUGGUGGGCAUGGUGUGCAGCCCGUGGGUCCUGGUCCUGGUGUCCUCAGUUCUGGCUCUGGAAGAGGUAUUGCUGGACACCACUGGAGAGACAUCUGAGAUUGGCUGGCUCACCUACCCACCGGGUGGAUGGGAUGAAGUGAGCGUUCUGGACGACCAGAGACGCCUGACUCGCACCUUCGAGGCAUGCCACGUGGCAGGCGCCCCUCCAGGCACCGGGCAGGACAACUGGCUGCAGACACACUUUGUGGAGCGGCGAGAGGCCCAGAGGGCACACAUCCGACUCCACUUCUCUGUGCGGGCCUGCUCCAGCCUGGGCGUGGCCGGGGGCACCUGCCGGGAGACCUUCACGCUCUACUACCGCCAGGCCGAGGAGCCUGACAGCCCCGACGGCGUUGCCGCCUGGCACCACAAACGCUGGACCAAGGUGGACACAAUUGCAGCGGACGAGAGCUUCCCCGCCUCCUCCACCUGGACUGUGGGGCCUCGUGGCGCCGGGCAGCGGGCCGGGCUGCAGCUGAAUGUCAAGGAGCGGAGCUUCGGCCCCCUCACCCAGCGCGGCUUCUACGUGGCCUUCCAGGAUACCGGGGCCUGCCUGGCCCUCGUGGCGGUCAAGCUCUUCUCCUACGCCUGCCCUUCCCUGCUGCGCGCCUUCGCCUCCUUUCCUGAGACUCAGGCCAGUGGUGCCGGGGGCGCCUCCCUGGUGGCAGCCAUGGGUACCUGUGUGGCUCAUGCAGAGCCAGAGGAGGAUGGAGGUGGCGGCCAGGCAGGGGGCAGCGCCCCCAGGCUGCACUGCAAUGGGGAGGGCAAGUGGAUGGUGGCCGUUGGGGGCUGUCGCUGCCAGCCCGGGCACCAGCCCACGCAUGGAGACAAGGCCUGCCAAGCCUGCCCUGGGGGAUCCUACAAGGCCUUGUCUGGGAAUGCCCCCUGCUCUCCGUGCCCUGCCCACAGCCAUGCCCCCGAUCCUGCAGCCCCCGUUUGCCCCUGCCUCUCCGGCUUCUACCGGGCCAUUUCCGACCCCCCAGAGGCUCCCUGCACUGGCCCUCCGUCGGCCCCCCGGGAGCUUUGGUUCGAGGUGCAAGGCUCAGCGCUCAUGCUGCACUGGCGCCUGCCCCAGGAGCUGGGGGGACGAGGGGACCUGCUCUUCAAUGUCGUGUGCAAGGAGUGUGGAGGCCGCCAGGAGCUUGGCAGCAGGGGUGCUUGUCGCCGCUGCAGGGAUGAGGUGCACUUCGACCCCCGCCAGAGGGGCCUGACUGAGAGCCGAGUGUUAGUCGGGGGACUCCGGGCACAUGUACCCUACAUCUUGGAGGUGCAGGCUGUUAACGGGGUGUCAGAGCUUAGCCCUGACCCUCCCCAGGCUGCAGCCAUCAAUGUCAGCACCAGCCACACAGUUCCUUCUGCAGUCCCUGCUGUGCACCAGGUGAGCCGGGCAUCAAACAGCAUCACGGUGUCCUGGCCACAGCCAGACCAGACCAACGGUAACAUCCUGGACUAUCAGCUCCGUUACUAUGACCAGGCAGAAGAUGAAUCCCACUCCUUCACCCUGACCAGCGAGACCAACACAGCCACUGUGACACAGCUGAGUCCUGGCCACAUCUAUGGCUUCCAGGUGCGGGCGCGGACUGCCGCAGGCCACGGCCCGUACGGGGGCAAGGUCUAUUUCCAGACACUGCCUCAAGGUGAGCUGUCUGCCCAGCUUCCAGAGAGACUCUCCUUGGUGAUUGGGUCCAUCUUGGGGGCCUUGGCCUUCCUCCUGCUGGCAGCCAUCACUGUGCUGGCUGUUGUCUUCCAGAGGAAGCGGCAUGGUACAGGCUACACGGAGCAACUGCAGCAGUACAGCAGCCCAGGGCUUGGGGUCAAGUACUACAUCGACCCCUCCACAUAUGAGGACCCCUGCCAGGCCAUCCGAGAAUUCGCCCGGGAGGUGGACCCUGCAUAUAUCAAGAUCGAGGAGGUCAUUGGGGCAGGCUCCUUCGGAGAAGUGCGCCGGGGCCGGCUGCAGCCCCGGGGACGGCGGGAGCAGGCGGUGGCCAUCCAGGCCCUGUGGGCCGGAGGUGCCGAGAGCCUGCAGACGACCUUUCUAGGCCAGACCGCAGUGCUGGGCCAGUUCCAGCACCCCAACAUCCUGCGGCUGGAGGGCGUCGUCACCAAGAGCCGGCCCCUCAUGGUCCUGACAGAGCUUAUGGAGCUGGGCCCCCUGGACAGCUUCCUCAGGCAGCGGGAGGGCCAGUUCAGCAGUCUGCAGCUGGUGGCCAUGCAACGGGGAGUGGCCGCCGCCAUGCAGUACCUGUCCAGCUUUGCCUUCGUCCACCGCGCCCUCUCUGCCCACAGUGUGCUGGUGAAUAGCCACCUGGUAUGCAAAGUGGCCCAUCUUGGCCACAGUCCUCAGGGCCCGAGUGGUAUGCUUCGCUGGGCAGCCCCAGAGGUCAUUGCACGUGGAAAACAUACAACAUCGAGCGACGUGUGGAGCUUCGGGAUAGUGAUGUGGGAAGUGAUGAGUUACGGAGAACGGCCCUACUGGGACAUGAGUGACCAGGAGGUGCUAAAUGCAAUAGAGCAGGAGUUCCGGCUGCCCCCGCCUCCAGGCUGUCCUCCUGGAUUACAUUUGCUUAUGCUGGACACUUGGCAGAAGGACCGUACCCAGCGACCUCACUUUGACCAGCUGGUGGCUGCAUUUGACAAGAUGAUCCGCAAGCCAGACACUCUGCUGGCUGGCGGGGGUCCAGGGGACAGACCUUCCCAGGCCCUUCUGAACCCUGUGGCCCUGGACUUUCCUUCUCUGGACUCACCCCAGGCCUGGCUUUCUGCCAUUGGACUGGAGUGCUACCAAGACAACUUCUCCAAGUUUGGCCUCUGCACCUUCAGUGACGUGGCUCAGCUCAGCCUGGAAGACCUGCCUGCCCUGGGCAUCACCCUGGCUGGGCACCAGAAGAAACUGCUGCACAACAUCCAGCUCCUUCAGCAGCACCUGAGGCAGCCGGGCUCAGUGGAGGUCUGAGGCGCAGGCAGGAAGCUGUGAACUGACGAUGACUAUGACCCAGCCGUGGACACAGGUCCAAGGAGGGACGUGGGAGACGUGAGCCAGUUUCCAUCUUGGCCUCCGUGAGAGGCGCGCACCACACUAAACCCAACCUUCCUGUGGACGCUUCAUUCUCCAGUCCUCCACCCCUCCACCACCCUCCCCACAUUAAAGGGAAAGAAGGGAUUUUGCAAGUUGGAGGUGUGAUGAGGCCUCAGUCUGCAAGGAGGGGCUAGGGAGGCCUUCAGGAGGGGCAGAGGGCAGGGCCAGGAAGGCAACACCACAGAACAGAUUGCACAAGGGGAGCAGAGCAGGGAACAACUUUGUUGGAAAGAAGUUAGCAAGACACAACCAGCUUCACCCCACCCGCAAAGUGGUGCCUCUCUCCUCAAUCACACACUUUCCACAAGCCUCUCCCACAGCUGUCUGGGCUCUCUCCCUUCUUCUUCUGACACUGGGGUGGACACUGGAUGCCUGAGGUGGCAAGCCUGCCCUUAAAGUGCUUUGCUCCGACAGUGCAGAGUACUUCAGUAAGGCUGAAGAGUGGGCGCAGGCCGGGGCCUCAUUGGCUUUCACGCUCGGCCCUGUGCUCUGGAUGAGGUGUGUGCCACCUCCUUGGUUUCCAUUUGCCUCAGAGCUGAAGGAGUAGUGGAGACGUGGGGCACAGUUAUUCCCAUUCCUAAUUCAUUCUACUCUCCUUUCCCCCCUGACCUGAGAGAUUAGACCUUUAGGUAUUUUGGAUUUUGUUUUUGUGUUUCUGAUGCUCCCAGGAACCUGAGAGCACCUGCUGGGAACCAAAGCAAGAGCAGUGCUCAGAUCUGAUAUUCCCAGCCCUCCUCGUCUUCCAGACCCAUGUUGAGCACCCCCGUCAAUUCUUUCCGUAGGGUCCCCUGCCGAAGCCUCUCCCAGUUAGUGCUGCUGCGGGAGGUACUCCGAGACACUGAAGGGGUAGUAAGGGACAGGUAGGAGUUGAAAGAACGGCCCAGCUGCAGAGUUUCUGUGUCUUUGUCCACGUCGUGGGAGCCUGGGUUGUGGAAGGCCUGUGCAUAGCGCCGGAGUCGCUGCUGGUUGGGAUCCUGUCUGUCUUCCACCCUGUGGAGAACGGAGGACUUGAGAGGCAGCCGGGGAUGGAAGUGCUGAUCUCGGGCCAGUGCUUGUCUUCCGUCUGCACCCCAUCCCCACCGUGAGUGGCCUUUUUCCUUGUCUGUGGCUGGUGUGCGCACAGGGGACACCAGCCUCUCAGCAGCCAGGCCUCGGGAAGCCAUGCACUCUGGUCCAGCGGCUCUGGGCAUACUUUCAGGGGCCCAAGCACCUCGUGGGGACCCUUCCCAGAGUAGCAGCUUCAGUCUAUGGGCAUAGAGCCUUGGGAGUGCACAGGCCCACACAGGGCCUCUGGGAGCAGGAGGGUGUCUGUGCAGAGGGACCCGGCCCGACACUGUCACUCACCGGAGGAACCAGCGGUCCCCCAGUCCAUACUCUCGCCCGCAGAUCCCAGAGCGAGGCCACAGGCAGCGAGGCACUUUCCGCUCCAGCAUCACUGUGGUGGCCACGACCUGUGUGUGGGGACAAAAGGGGACAUCAGAGGCUAGGUGCAGACUGAGAAAUACAGACUGAGAAGAAGGGCAGAGGAGAAGAGAGGACACCGGGCAGAGGGAUGACAGUUUAGCGACAGCUAGGAAUCUUAGGAGCUCGCAGGUUCCCGGAGGUGAGAGACAACACCCCUAAGCUGAGGAGGGUGGUAUCAGCUUUGUGGACCCUCUUCUGUGGGAGAGAGUCGAUAGGACAUGAGCCCCACAAUUCUUCGGCCAGUGACCUGACAUCCUUGCUAAUCAGUGCCAGGCUGGUCCUACAGGAGGUUGAGAGACCUCACUCCAAGGCAACAAGAAAGAGAGCAAAGCAAAUAGAAAGGGGGCCUCAGGGCUACAGGGUAUUUUGACCCUACAGACAUAAAGGCCAUUUAUAAAUGCAAACAUCCCACUGAGAAAUCUAAUAUCAAUAUGUUUGCAUGGAAAAAUAUUUUUCUGAGCAAACCCCAUUUAGCCACUUUAGGGGUUUUUUUAACUCCAUUUUCUACACAGCACAGCUAAAUGCCAUCCAAUUUUCAGGAUUUCCAUUUAGCUAAAAUUAUUUUUGUUGAGAUAAAUUUUUUUGUAAGUAUGUGUUUAAAUGAUGAUUUGAUUUAUUUAAUGGUCUUUUGUCCCCAUCAUGAUGAUCUGACUGAAGAUAGCUUCUGCUAUUAUAGGGAGUUUUUGUGGCAUUAUUUUUAACAUGUCCAUUUUUCUGGGUCCAAUUUUGCAGACUUAAAUAUCGCAAGAUGUGAUACUCCAGUUUUUAUUCAGUAACAAAAUUUACCGAGUGCCCUUUUUGCCACUAUUAGCUUUAUUUCUUGUUGAUAUAUUUCUUGUUGAUUAUUCUAGAAAAGACUCAGGUUUUCACUUUUGAGAAAACUGAAGAAUUUUUUUCAGCUAUUCCAAUAUUGCUCGGUUGUAUCGCCAAUCCAAUUCUUCUGUACAAUUUCUAUUAUUUUGUGUACUAUGCACUAACCGUCCAAACAUAUGUGGGGUCAAAAUAUCCUGCUUCUGUCUGAGCUCUGCCAGUUCCUUGGCAGGGAGAGAAUGACUUGCACUAACCCUCCCAGCCACCAGGGAGCUCACCUGAGCCCUCCAGAGCUCAUCCCGCUCAUGGGCCACCCUCCAAUGAGUGUCACCCAUCAUGGCGAUAAGGAGGUUGAGCAUGAGCAGCGUGGCGAUGAUGGCGAAGGCAGCAUAGGUGAGGCUGUACAUGAACGGCAGAUUCACAUCAUAGUUGGCAGGGCCAUCAAUGAGGGUGAGGAAGAGCUCAAAGGUGCUGAACAGUGCCAUGGGGUAAUCAUGGAAAUGGCCCAGCUGGUUGGGGGACUCUGUCUGGAAGAUGAUAUAGAAGGCUGCCCACCCAAGGGGGUGAGCAUUACCAUGGCAACCAUGCACGUGACUGGAUCACAGCCAGCUCUGCUGCACAUUUCAGUCCUGUUUCCCUCAUCUCCAGUAUCGCCAUCCCAGCCGUCUAUCGCUCCGUACUUUGGGUACUUGUGUUCUCUUAUUUCCCAUAGGGCUCAUCCUCCUGAUCCCAGGAGUCACCUCUUCCUAACACUCCCAGUUUUCCCUCACCUUUGAGGGAUGUUCCAUCUUCAGACACUAUAGCUCCUCUUAUGUCUGCCUUUCCUUCUACUUUUCUCCAAGUGUAUCAGAGGCAUUCUGUGCCAUCUAGGCUCCUCUCCUCUCCCUCCCAUGGCCCCCAUCCUGGACAGAUGACUUACCUGAGGCAAAGCCCAGGAUGACCACUGCCAUCAGCCAGCAGAAUCGCAUCAGGUCGCCAAAAAUCAUCUAGAGAGGGGAGAAGGGAGGGAGACCAUCUCCACACAUGUUGCUUGAGCAACUGCCCCUUCCAGCCUCCAAGAGGUCUAACUCUGAGAAGUCCACACUUGUCCAGAGCCACUCUCUAGGACAGCGUUGGCACACUAUGGCCUGCAGGCCAAAUCUACUUGGCCUGUCUUGGUAUGCCCCUUGAACCAAGAAUGGUUUUAACAUUUUUAAAGGAUUGUUUAAAAAAAGAAGAAGACAGAAAGAAAAGAAGAAUAUGCAACAAUAUGUGGCUCACAAAGCCUGAGAUAUCUAUCAUCUGGCCCUUUACAGAAAUGUUUGCAGCCCUGCUCUAGGACUUUUAUCUAGGGAGCAUGGGGGGAGGCACUGACCUUCUGGAUCAUGAUGGUGAAGGGGCCCAGCAUCUGGAAUCCUCGGGCGAAAUACAUGACGUUGCACCAACCCAGCACCAGGGCGAAGGACAUGGGCACCGCCUCCCCCUUGGUGUUGGUGAGCCGCAUCACCAUGAUCACCAGCACCAUGCAGGCAUAGAUGAUCCUGGAGGGAGAGCAAGGAGGGAGGUGAUGGGGGGGGGCCUGAGAUUAUCCUGGGGACCCAAGAGCAAGAGUGUGACUGAGACAGUACCCACACGCUCAGGUUCAGGCUUCGCAAGCUCAGUAUAUAGGGUCACACAAACAUCACUGGAGAGGGACCUCUGGAGUUAAGGUUCUUCAGAGGUCAGGAAUCCAGGAAGUGAAAAUGGAGCCCUAGGGAGGGAAGGGAUGGGAGUGAGAGGAAGGAGACUCACGUGAGGACAUGGAACGGCCCUCCAAGGAUGGUCUGUCCAAAGAAGCGAGUGAAUCCCACUCUCAAGAUGUCUGGAAUCUGGAAAGAGGCCAGGGAGAAACAGGCACUUAUAGACUUGGGCUUGUGCUGGAUCCCUGGGGCAAACAGCCUCACCCUAGAACCCGUCCACACCUCACCUCUGCAAGCAGAAGGAUCACCGCUCCAAUGACAGUCACGAACUCCCCCACCAGUCGGAUGCCAUCUUUAGGGGUCAUGUAGGCCUCCUGAGUCGGGGAAACAUGGUCAGUGCACUCAGGGCUUCCAUGCAUCUGCCCUGCUUGCCCUUGGCCAGAAGUCAAUGUCCCUUGUAUAGGGUCACUAGCCCCAUCAGAUUCUUUUUAACUUGUUAGGCUUGGUUAUCUCAAAAUCUGCUCCUAGAGCCUAUGUGUGUUUCUUUGUGCACGUAGUUUCAGUUUGUGCCUAUGUAUUUGAGACCUGCAUGAGGGGCAAAGUGGAGAUUGUAGGACAGGAAAGGAAUACAAGUCUGAGAAAGGGCAGCGAGCUGAGCCAAAUCCUGCCCGGAAGCUCUGCUGCUCCUAGGA